GCUGCUUCCUCAAAACUAACGACUCUGAUGUUUAAACUCAAGCCAAGUGACAUUUUUUCCAAUAUUUUUGGAUACUGCUCAUGUAGGCGAACACAUCAGCUUUGAUCAAGCAGUCAAUGCAAGGACGUCCUCCCUAAUUUCUGGUCAAUCAACAGGUCAGUUGACCCAUGGAGGACAGAACAGACAGUCCGAUGGCUGUGAAGGUGGAGGAGCAUUCUCGGUGUGUCAUCCUGACUUACUUCCAUGGGGACACCAACAGCAUGGUGGAUGCUCACUUCAACCGUGCACUCAGCACAGUCUGCAAGACCAAGGCCCCAGCAGUGAAGACAAAGAAAACCCGUAAAACUGUUAAACUGGAGGAAACUAGUCCCUGCAAGGGGAGUGCUGUUGACUCUUUCUCAGAGUCACAGGUCCCUCCUGUAGCAGGACGUCUCCUGCCCUUCAGUCCUCCAGACGACGCUCCCGGCUCAUGGCACUCGUUCACUUCCAGGGCAGGAGAGGGCCCGGGAUUGCAACCCAUCACUUACUCCCUGUCCCCAGAAGGGUUGAGUCUUACUGGACAGCAGUAUGCCACAUCCCUGCUCAACCUAUUGCAUAAUGACCGUGGUGAGAUGGUACCCAGUAUGGCCUCCACCUCCAAGCCAGAACUGCUUCCCAGCUGGAAGAUGCCACAAGGAUUUAGAGAGUCCGUGGACCCUGCUGUAGGCUAUGAAUCUGGACGGCGUCUGGACAAGAAGGACUUGUACUGGUAUUGAAGAGAGCGAGCGACUUCACCAGCAAACACAGCUUCAACUACACCGCAUUCCUGUGGCUUUGAAAAGCCACCUUGCUUUCUGUAUACUCCAGUAGAUGUUAGAUGUUUUCCCGUCAAACAGGCCUCUGAGUGUGAUCUGACAACACACAGAAGAAACAGCAGCUCUUCCAUUCCCCUCCCCGCUCACUCCAUUUGUCAGUGAAAUGACUUCAGCAACCACAGCAUGUACCAACUGGAACAACCUUUCUCGAAGGGAACACUCUGACAAACCUGUUCUUCAACUCUUGUCACUCCUCUUGUAGAUCUCAGAGCACUAUAUAUGUUGUUGCUCCCUUUGUGGUUGAGGUGAAUGAAGGGCAUUUUCUUGUGCCCUUUUCAGCCACUUCUCUUAGUGGGCCUAUGCCAGUAAAUAGACCAGUAUUAAAUGUGAACAUUGUGAGCCUCUUGAGUGUAUAAAUACAUGUUAAUAGCUGUCUACAGUUCACCUAGAUGCAUUUUUACCAGCUAUGAGAAUAUUUUAUAUAUCCAAAUGAACAAAAAAAUGAAGGACUGUGAUGUUAUGUUAAUGACUUGUUUUCUGUAAUUUUAAACUUACAGCCAUCUUCGAAGUUUGUACAAAAAAUGAAUGUGAGCAGAUACAACCAUCACUCAAAGUUGAACACAAAUAGCUAGUUAAUAUAUUCAUAAUGUGAAAUAUCUCUAAAGUAAAAAAAUAUCAAAAACUAUACCGGCUUUGUAAAGUAAUGGGCAUCAUGAGCAUGAGUAUGAUGAUGUACUGUACAAGAUGUUUGAUAUACAAAUACAUAAAGACAUGUGAUCACUGGUGGAAAGUACUUUACUCAAGUAUUGAACUUAAGUAAAAUUUUUACAUACUUGCACUUUCCUUGUGUAUUUUCAUAUUAUGCAACUUUAUA